UUAAUUACUGUAUUAAAUUAAAUAAAAUUCUUUCGUCAAACUCGUACGGACGGAUAUUCCGGUGAAUCGAAACCUCGUUGGUUUCUGUCACACACCUGACAACACCUUCGGAUCUCACAUCACACCAGACAAACACAUACACCUCGUUACUUUCUCUUCUAAAUUGUUACCUUCUGUUACCAUUUUUUUCAUUCAAUUUCGUUUCGUGAUCCCAAUUUUUUGCACGCCAAUUUGAUGCCAUGAAGAAGAAGCUCGAUACCCGUUUUCCUGCUAAAUUCUGAUUGCAAACAGCAGUGCAAAAAUGAAGAUAGUUCAUUGGGCGUUUUUGCUGCAACAAAGAUGCCUUUAUCAUACAAAGUAUGCUUGUAAAGACGUACCGGAAUGUUAUUUUUGACUGCAAGGUUUUAGGCUCGGAUUAAGAAGAUUAUGCAAGCAGAUGAGGAUGUUGGAAAGAUAGCAUUGGCAGUUCCUGUUUUAGUUUCAAAAGCUCUGGAGUUAUUUUUGCAAGACCUUUGUGACCGCACUUAUGAAAUAACUCUACAGAGAGGAGCAAAGACCAUGAAUGCAUUGCAUUUGAAACAUUGUGUACAAAGCUACAAUGUCUUUGACUUUUUGAGAGACAUCGUCAGCAGGGUUCCUGACUAUAGCCACGGCCACGCUCACGCUCAUGCUGAGCCUGGAGCUGAUGAUCGCGCCCUUCCAAAGAGAAGGAAAUCUGGCGGUGAUGAUGGUAAUGACAGUGAUGACGAGGCCAAGCGGAGUAAGAUGCAUGAGUCAGGCCACACUGGCGGUACUGGCAGGGGAAGAGGAAGAGGCAGAGGAAGAGGCCGUGGUCGAGGGGCUCGAGCCGCAGAAAGAGAAGCCUUACAUCAGCAGGUUGAACCCGAACCUUGCACCUCGAUGCAACAAAGUAGUAAAGAAGUCUCUAAUAUGGCAGUAGAUAAUGGUCCAGAAUCAAAGCAGUUAUCAAAAGAAAAUAAUUCAGUUCAUGAGGAAAGCACUCAAUCUCUUCGAAACAUUGAUCUGAAUGCAAGUAUACAUGAAAACGAGGACAAAAACAAUACAAGCAUGGCUACUCCUCAGGCCUCAUUGCCUGAACCUUCUGCAAUAACAGAUAUGCAACAUGAAGAAAUUCCCGGUUGGUCCCUUCCUGAUGUAGACAAGAUGGCGAUCGACACAUUGCAGCUUGCAGCAAACCUUGGUAAUAGGAUAGAAGAGGAGGAAGAUUAUGAUGAGGAAGGGUAACUAACACCUUAAGGUGAAAAGCUGGUGAAUAACAGAAGAAUUAGUAAAUCAAUGAUCUUGCGUAGCAAAUAUAGUUUUUUCUUUUUAUUAGUAAUGUUCGUUUCAUGCACUUUUUAGGGUUUAAAUGGAUGUUGUUGUUGUUGUUGUUGUUGUUGUAGGAGUUACAUUACAUCAACUUUGCUAGUACAAGAUCAAAAUUCUUGGAAA